AUGGCUUUUUCUGGCUCGCAAGAAUUUAUAGAAAUGCUUUUGUCCCGUGAAUUUCCAAGUGCUGAUGACCAAGUGUUGGUAAUGAAUGGUUGUGAUGUCUGUGGGCAUAAUUUUAAGACAAAUGGUUUCGUCAAGCCUGUAAUAGUGAGAUCCAAGGAUGGUCUGCGACUCAAAGUCCCACUGGAAACCUUCACGCAUAGAGAUUUGAUACAAUUUAUAGAUCCUAGUACCGUUGUCGAUGUUAUCGAUGUUCGGCAGCAGGUGGAAAUACAAAUGACGCUUCAGGAUUUGGUUAACCACUUUUCUUCUACCUCACGGCCCGUUUUGUUGAAUAUGUUGAGUUUGGAGUUUUCUAGGACCAGCUUAGCUAAUUUUGUACACCCCCCGCAUGUUGUUUCAGAACUCAGUCUUGUUACAACUUGCUGGCCAGAUGAUGCGGAUGAGAGUAGUGAGUUUUUUGAUGAGACUGCGCCUACUGUUCAGAAGUACUGUCUUCUGAGUAUGCAAGGUAGCUACACUGACUUCCACAUAGAUUUCGGUGGAUCAUCUGUGUGGUACCAUGUUUUGUGGGGUGAGAAGGUGUUUUACCUAAUGCCACCUACUCAUGAAUACUUUUCUGCUUACUGGCAAUGGUGUAUGGACAACGACCACAGAUCAAUAUUUUUCCCCGACUUUGUGGCGAAUUUGCGUAGGAAAGAGUCGAUAGGCAACAUGAGCGAACCAAAAGUCUACUGUCUCCACGUUUUACCUGGUCAAACAAUCUUUCUGCCAUCAGGUUGGAUUCAUGCUGUUUACACUACCUCUGACUGUCUUGUCUUUGGAGGGAAUUUUCUAGAUGGUCUACACGUGUCUACACAACUAAGAGUUUAUCGAAUGGAACAAAAAUGUAAAACUCCGAUGAAGUUUCUGUUUCCUAAUUUUGAGAAAGUUCACUGGUUUUACAGUCAAGGUCUGAUGGACAGACUAACUAACAACUUGAUCAACGGAGAAGAUCCAGUUACAUAUGAUAUAAAGGCGGCCAAAUGUUUGGUUAAAGUUCUACCGUUGUGGUAUGCCAAAAGACGUUUACUUUCACCAGAGGAAAGACAUUACUUUCUCCCGAGUCGAUCUCAGUUAGAUAUAUCAUGUCAAAAUAUAAUUGAAAAAUUAAGCGAAGUUUUGGAUUCAAUUUUACAAAAAUCAGCGAAAAACUCAGGUUCACACUCUUUUCAAUCAGGGAUACUUUCAGAACAUUCCAAAUUAAAGAUACAGCGGAAAUCUGAAACUUCCUUAGUUUGCCAGACUGUCAAGAGUUCAAACUACAAUUUAGGUACAAAAAUUCAUUGGACAACUAAAGAUAAGCAUGUUGGAGGUUUAGGAUGGGUACCAAGUAGACAUAGUCAAUUCAAAAGUUCACGUGAAGCAAAGCAUUUAGCAGGUGAAGAAAAACAUGUAGUUACCGAUGAUGCUGAAAUUCUUGAAGCACUUCCAGGUUUGGAGAAAAGUCGACUAAUCGGUGAUCAUUAUUAUUUAACGCUUAGCGACUCGGAAGGUGAUGAUGGUGACACUGAGAGGAAAGAAAGGGGAGGGUUUUCUUUAAAGAAGAAAAAACAAGGAACAUCUUCAUAUCAAAGCAGUAAAAAGCGAAAGACAAAAGAGGAUGAUCCAACUUGGAGUAUGCCUAGUCCCACUCGUCGUAGAUGUGGAGCAACUGCAUGGAAGUCGAUGGGUUCAGACCCUACUCUACCGAAUUUGAAGACAAGUAAAACGUCAUUACAUCCUUUGCUGACUGAAGUCAGUGCAUCUUCUUCAAGUUCAAGUGCGGUGAAAAGUUCCAGAGAUACUUCAGCAUCGCAUUCACCUGCAUCUGCUGUCACUGGACAGAAAUUGAGGAGUAAACAAACUACAACGGAUGCAACAUCUCUGUCUAUUUACCAAUCUGUCUAUGCAUCUUAUAAUAAUAAUAAUAAUAAUAAUAAUAAUAAUAAUAAUAAUAAUAAUGUGUUUGGAGUUAGUACUGAAGAUGAUGACAAUAAUAGUAAUAAUAAUGGAUCAGUUGGUUUCAGUUUUACAUCGCCUUUUUUUAAAGUUAAACUUUUUUAA